GAAAAAAGUGAUCAUCUAACGAAAAUAAAAAAAAACACCCUAUAUAUAUAGAAAAUACAAAGAGUUAUUGUUGUUUUUAACACUUCUCGUGCAAGAAUUCGCUUUUUUUAUGAUUUCAUAUAGAAAAUAUUUGAAAAGAGAAGAAGCAUCGCUGAAAUUAUUUUUUUUCUUGUUGCUGUCGAUUUGUUGUUACUCUGCUGCUCAAUUGACUGAGUGAGACACAUUUGUGUGUGAGAGAGAGUGUUUGUGAACUGUUUGUUGUUGGCUGAGGGGCGCUGUUGUAAUAUAUAUAAGAAAGAAACACACUGAAAAGACUGGCUGGAACUUGUUGCUUCAUUCAGUAUUUUUAUGUGAGACUAAAAACGUUUUUUUUCGCGUUCAACGCACCACACAAACUCUGGUCGCUGGCCGGAUUUGACCUUACAUAUUUCAACGAAAAUACUUUGCCAAAAAGAGAAGUGAGCAGUAACAAAAUCUACGUUCGUUCUAAUACAGAAAAAUUAAAUCCAAAUUGUAUUUUAUACCCAUUUGUGUGGGGGCCAUGGAGAAUGGCAAUGGCAAUUAUGGUAUUGUGUAUUCCGUUGAAUUGGAACCCAUAAAACAGCAACAACAACAACAACAGCAGCCCAUCGAAGAUGCCUCCAAUAAUAAUCAGCAAGGGGAUGGUGUUAGGCCUGCAUCACCAAGUGCAAGUGCAACGGCAACUGCUGCAGCGGAUCAGCAGUCCCCCACUACACCAACGACCAUAACAUCGAAUAAAACUACAACUGCCACUAUAACGAUAAUCAAGCCUUCGCCUUCUGAUAACGAGGAUAAUGCGCCUCGUACACCUUCUCCCACGCAGUCACAGACUCAUUUGCAACCACGACCAUCAACUUCCCGUCAAUUGUUUAGAGAUGCCGCAAUUGCCCAUGGAGGUCAAGAGAGCACUGCGCUGCUGAUGCAUGAAAUUAGCCAACAGCAGAAAUUCAAGAGCGCUGCCUCCACCCUGGACAAGAGUAUAUCCCGCAAUCCGUCCACAGUGGCCAAGCAUGAGAAGAAAAUUGGCCAUCGGCGUGUCGAUGAGGAAGGUGAAGUUACUUACAAGAAGAUUCAAAGUAAGCAAAUUAUGGGCUCCAUCCAGCUGGGCAUACAGCAUACCGUGGGCAGUUUGGCUUCCAAACCCAAAAGGGACUUGCUAAUGAAUGACUUCUUUGAAAUGGAAACGAUAUCCUUUCCUCCGGACGGCUCUUCGAUUACACCAGCCCAUCAUUACAGCGAGUUUCGCUUUAAAGUAUUUGCCCCCAUAGCUUUUCGCUAUUUCCGGAACCUUUUUGGCAUUGCCCCCGAUGACUUUCUCAUGUCCAUGUGUGCGGCUCCUUUGCGCCAGCUUUCCAAUCCCGGGGCUUCGGGUUCGAUAUUUUAUCUAACCGACGAUGAUGAAUUCAUUAUCAAGACUGUGCAAAAGAAGGAGUGUGAAUUCUUGCAGAAACUGCUACCCGGUUACUACAUGAACUUAUCUCAAAAUCCGCGUACUCUGCUGCCUAAAUUCUUUGGUCUUUAUUGUUUCCACUACAAUACGAAGAAUGUUCGCCUUGUGGCCAUGAACAAUUUGCUGCCCUCCGAUAUUAAAAUGCAUGCCAAGUACGACUUGAAAGGUUCCACAUUCCGUCGAAAAGCCUCGAAGGCCGAAAGGCAAAAAGAGAGUCCCACCUACAAAGACUUGGACUUUAUGGAACAUCAUCCUAAUGGCAUAUUCUUGGAGACGGACAAGUACAAUGCCCUGAUUAAGACCAUUCAAAGAGAUUGCAUGGUUUUGGAGAGCUUUCAAAUUAUGGACUACUCCCUUUUGGUGGGUAUUCACAACCUGGACUUGGCUGCCAAGGAAAAAAGGGAAGAGCGCAUACGGAAUGCCAGGGCCAAGCUACAAAGACACGAUGAGAUACGUGAGGCCAAUGAUAACGAGGCUGAGGGGGGUGCUGCAGCUGCGGCUGGUUCCGCUUUGAAUCGUUCACGCAGCAUGAAUCGUCAACGUUUAGUGGCUCUCUCUACCGCCAUGGAAUCCAUAACGGCGGAUGAUACGCCUUUUGAAGAGGAUGAAGAUGUUCCUGCAGGUGGCAUACCGGCCAGAUCCGAGGACGAUGAGCGUUUGAUUCUGUACAUAGGCAUAAUCGAUAUCUUGCAGUCAUAUCGUUUGGAAAAGAAACUCGAACACACCUUUAAGGCCAUCAUCUAUAAUGGGGACACAGUUUCAGUGUGUCGGCCUUCCUUCUAUGCCCAGCGUUUCCAGAAUUUUAUGGGCAAAACGGUAUUCAAGAAAACACCAACAUUUCCCUUGAGACAGUCAAAGAGAAAAACUUCCACCGCUACGCUGAGAACACCGCAAAGAACUCCUUCUCAAAGCACAUCAUCGGCGCUACGGCAUCCGCACUUUGGGGCUGAAUCUUCAACACCGCCACCGGCUUUUGAUGAAAUCUCCGAAGAGGACAUAACAGCAGCUUCUAGUUCCCGAAGCUCAGCCAUACAGUUAAGGCACAUGGCACCGCCACAGUCCUUUAGAUCCUCACAUCGUAGCCUUGUGGCCAGCACGAUCGACGAUAAUAGCGAUGAUGAUGUGACCUCGGUCAGCGGUAGCAAUCGAUCCUCAUUGCCCCACGAAAGGCCGCAGUAUCUAUCCAAGACCAGUGUACAAGUAACCUCAAUUGGAUGUGUAGAGAAUCAUCAGAGACCCGAUCAUCAGCAAUCCGACGAAGGCAUCGAACAGGAUGUUGAGGGCAGAAGGGUGACAAGUGCUGUCAUACAAACAACACAAGAGAAGAAAUACACCUCAACAUUGAUUGUCAAUGAUGUGGUUAGAUGAUAUGGCCACUAAGAUGUCCAAGAAGGUACAGAUAAGCCUAGUUACCUUCACUGUUUUCUUUUCUUAAUACUUAGGGGAGGAUUGUAGCGAUGAGAAAAUCAAAUUGCAAGUUCAUACCUAUUACCCAGGCAACUGCUGCUCUAGUUGCAAUGAAUUCUUCUUAAGUCUUGGUAGAAACGAAAGAGAAGUGCUCUUAAUAAAGAUAUAACCCUUUGGAAUAACAAAACGGAGAAAAACAACAAUCAACAAUAGUUAAACAAGAACUUUAUAGCUUUAGUACUGUAAAACUAUUUAAUAUACGAUAAUGCUACUAUUAUAUACGCAACAACAACUUAUACUAAUGUUACUACCAUCUGCACUACUAUGAUAAUAACAACUGCUAUAUAUGAUGUAAACUAACUUUACAAGGACGUAUAAUUUUAAUAUAUACAUGCGUAUAUAUAUAUAUUUUUUUUGUUUCUUGAAUACUUUCUUUUGUCUGCUUCCCUUCCCUUCUACCCCCUUUUUAUUUUAUUUCUUUUUUUUUUGUAUUAUUUAUUUUAUGUAUAUUUUGUAUGUAACUAUGAAUAUGAGGAUGAGAUAUAUGGCGAUGAUGAUUUGUACAUUUCUCUGUAUUAUGAAUUUACAUUCAGUUUCAAUUUAAAGCAAAACAAAAUGUUCUGAUUUGUUGGAAAUUAAACUGGCUUUAUUUUAA